CAAGAGAAACUUUUGGGCCUGGAUCCGGAUCUGGAUCCAGUUCUGGAUUACUGGGUAAGAGGAUUUGCGUCAAUCUUAAGCGGCCGCAAGUCUGUUUAAAAACCCUCUCUCUCUCGCUAUAACUCUUUCGCCGUCUUGUUCCUCAUAUACUCUUCGACUCGCUUCGCUUCUCGAUCUCGAUCUCCGCCGUUUCAGUUUGAUCAUCGAUGGCUUUACCAAACCAGCAAACCGUGGAUUACCCUAGCUUCAAGCUCGUCAUCGUUGGUGAUGGAGGCACAGGGAAAACAACGUUCGUGAAGAGGCAUCUUACUGGAGAGUUUGAGAAGAAGUAUGAACCCACUAUUGGUGUUGAGGUUCACCCUCUAGACUUCUUCACUAACUGUGGCAAGAUCCGCUUUUACUGCUGGGAUACUGCUGGACAAGAGAAGUUUGGUGGUCUUAGGGAUGGUUACUACAUCCACGGGCAGUGUGCCGUCAUCAUGUUUGAUGUCACAGCACGUCUGACAUACAAGAAUGUCCCAACAUGGCACCGUGAUCUUUGCAGGGUCUGUGAAAACAUCCCGAUUGUUCUUUGUGGGAACAAAGUUGAUGUGAAGAACAGGCAAGUGAAGGCCAAGCAGGUGACAUUCCACAGGAAGAAGAAUCUCCAGUACUACGAGAUCUCUGCCAAGAGCAACUACAAUUUCGAGAAGCCUUUCUUGUACCUUGCUAGAAAACUCGCCGGUGACCCUAACCUUCACUUUGUGGAAUCACCUGCCCUUGCUCCCCCAGAAGUCCAGAUUGACAUGGCUGCUCAGCAACAGCAUGAGGCGGAGCUUGCAGCGGCAGCAAGUCAGCCACUCCCUGAUGACGAUGAUGACACCUUCGAGUAGGGUGUGACGGAGAGAGAGAGAGAGAGUUCCGCACUAUGUGAUUCCGUCACUGAGUAUUAUAAUUUCUUUUUUGUUUUUGAUGGUGCUACUUUUAUUUGCGUGUUCAAAGUAUGAAUUUUUAAAAGUCGAGGUUUGCUUUUACUGAGAUGGCAUUAGUAUUUUAUUAUUUUCUUAAGUUAAA